AUGGGUACUGCAGCACUCUCACAAUUCGCCAGCCUCUCCCACGGCUCAGGCGGCGUUAGGACCGACGUCACAAUCGCAGAAGGGGGCGCCACCGAUGCCGUCGUCCAUGUUACCAACGACAACAGUCUCGUCCUGCAGCAGAUAGACGUCGCAGCUGUUCCCGCCCGCGUGGAGGUCACGGCGACGGGGUCACGAUGUGCCAUAAUUCAGGGCAACGUCUUCUACAAUGUAUUUGUGGAGAAGAGGAGGGUUGUGACGUUCCAAGCCACCAUUGCAUCAAGACCUCAGGGUGCCGAGUGUAAGGCCUGGACAAUCAAUGCCUGUGGGAUAUAUUCUGGGGAGGAGGAUUCCAACAUGGCCGUCAUCAGUAUCAAGAUGGUUUCCGGCUUUUCUCCCAUUAAAGCCACACUGAAGAAGAUAUUUGAAAAGCUGGACCCGAAUUCACCACUGAAACGUUACGAAGUGAACGGCAAGUCGGUCGACAUAUACGUUAACAAGUUCACGCCAGGAGAGCCGAUAUGCGUCACAUUUGACAUUGAGAAAUACUUGGAUGUAGAAGAUGCUAAGCCAUCCACCGUGCGGGUGUAUGACUACUAUGAACCAGAAGAGGCAGUGUCUAUCUUAUACAACAUAGGCGAGUGCAACUAA